AUGGCCGACGGACUCAACCAAGCUCGUGCCUUGAGGGUGGCGGAAAUCAUCAACGACUACCGCACGCUCCUUGUACACAUCUCCCAACAAAAUGUCCCAGCCCCGGCGGCCGACUACUGGGAGGAUGGCUACAAGAUCAUUCGAGAGUGUCUCGCCGAGGCACAGGCUCUCAUGUCCUCCAACUACAUGCCCUCAAUUCCUGCCGCUGGCGGUAGUAAUGAGGAGGCGGAGAAAGUCCAAUUGCAGCGGGUGAUACUUGACGCUAGCGCCCGCCGUUUUCGAGCACACAAGAUCUAUCUCCGGGCGGCCGCAGCAAGGCGAUGGGCUAUCCAUCGUGAAAACAUCCUUCGAGGGGGGCGGCCUGGACCCCAGCAUACCGCCCAGCUCAAGGCUGUGGACAACACCCUCCGCCAGGAACUCUCGCAAUUUACAGACCAAUAUGUUGUCUCUGACCUCCGCGCGGCCGAUGUGCGGGCACGCCAUUGGCUCGACGAUGAUCCAUCUCUACCAACGAUCCUUGGCUGGAUUCGGUCACACCCAUAG